CCCCAACAGGAGAGUGCUUCUUCCCGAAAGAAUGGAGUGGCACCUGGUUCCGCUCCGGCAUGGGUCAGCUGGGCCCCAUCGUCAUCACGCGCACCAGCAUCUCGCACACGGAGAAAUGCGUGGACGUCGGGAAGAACAACCGGUAUCUUGUGCGCGAGGAAACCUACGACUGCUACAAGUGCAUGGUGAUCAACAUGAAGCAUAACAACGUGAUUCAGUAUAAAGAAUCCUUCUGCGACGAAGCCCCGAACCUCAGGAAGCUGUGCAUCGGCAUCACCGGAGACGCGAUGCUGUACUCGAUGUUCCGGCUGAGCGCUGAGCCCGUGUCCUGCCCCUUCCACGGCCCGCUCACCUUCACCUACUCCAAGGGCUACGGAGACUGCACCAACCCCGUCUCGCAGGUGGACUCCUGCGCCGAGGACUCCCGCCUGCUGUUCCGCCACCAGGCCUGCGCCGACGUCCCGGGCUCAGAGAGCUUCGAGGAGGAGCUGGUGUGCCUUGGCUCGUGGAAGGACGGCUCCAACCACUACCUGGUGGGGAAGGUGAACCACAUCCACGCCAACAGUGACGAGGACCGCUACCGUUGCUUCAUCUACGAGCACCCGCACCGCCAGGAGGACACCGCCGCCUGGAACCUUGCGCAGUCCGCCGACGCCACCUGCCAGGGGCUCAUCUCCGCCCACGAGGGAAGCAAGACCAUGAAGCUGACGAAAGUGACCCACAGCGGCAAGAGGUGCAAGUUACCGGCGUGGCUGGCCGCCCACCGCCACUGGCACACGCUCGACUACAGCCAGAGUUACUACGUCUACCACAGGAACACUUCCCUUCGGAUCAGCAACGGGACCGCCGCUCCGGAGGACCUCGAGACCCGGGGCCACACCGACCUCCGCCUCGUGUGCUACAAGUACGAGAGCCACCGCGACCACCGGCGCAGCGACCACCACACCGGCGACCACCACAAGCACCACCGCGACCACAGGGAGCACCGGAGCAGCGAGCACACCGAGGACGACUACGUCACGGUCGUUGUUCACGUCACGGUGGGAUGCAAGAGCGGCUACCAGUGCGUGCGCAUCUACCGCCGCGACGACCACGUGGUGCAGGCGCGCGUGGGCGAGCUGGCCUUCAUGGCGGAGGAGGCGUGCUCCAGCCACUACUGGUCGCCCACCUCCACCAACCUCACCACCCUGGUCGCCGCCGGGGGGCCGCCGCGCUCCUGCGGCACCUUCGGCAGGUACAGCGUGACCGACCCUACGGCCACGUGCGCCGGAGACACACGGUCCUUCACGCGCGUCACCGUCGGCUGCUCCACGGGCGAGGAGCUGCAGCUGCACGCGCGCUGCCCGGAGGAGACCAUCAACAAGUACCAGUGCCACGGUCAGUGGGUAGCUGAGGGCGUGACCUACGUGGUGGCGUCGCCCAUUUCCCGUCCGUCGGGCGCCCCGCGGCGAGUGUGCUUCGCCUACAGCGUGGAAUCGUCGCCGUCAGCCACGCAGGGCCCCGGCGACAAGAUCACGCUCACGGCUCGCCACGACACGUGCAUCCACAGGCAGCACGACGCCCACUUCGCCAUCAACGCCACGCUCUCCGACGAGUGCACGAAGUCCAUGCCGAGCGUGAGUUCGGGCGUGGUCGGGGGCAACGCGAGCGGCCUGCUGAUGCUGCUGGUCCUCCUGCUGGCCGCGAGCCGCCUGUCCCUCCCGCCGGCCGUCAGCAGACUCGCGGCGCCGCCCUCCUUGUAGUUCCGGAUGAGCGGGAAAUCUAGCGCUUAGUGUCAGUAGUGGAGUGCGUGAGUGGCGGGCGCGCGUUCCAGCCCGUGUUGCGUGAGUGCGUGAAGAUGUUGAUAGACGUAAGCGACUCGACAAGAUAAGAGAUAUCACCGCCGUGCGCGCGGGGCCGUCUGUCAGGGCCAGCCUCACGGCCGCCCUCGCUCGCAGCUGUGGGGCGAACUGUCUGUGGUGUCUGUGGCAUGUUCGUAAUCCUUAUUUAACGACGGUUCGCGCCAGUUACUUGUGCUAAGGGAGAGUAACCUUACCGGCCCACAGCUGUGCUCGGUGAUCGGGCCAGAGCGGCUAUCAGGAGUGACUGAUUGCAUCAUUACCAAUCGCUUUAUGAGUCUUUAGUUUCCUCUCCCAAACAAGGAAAACGGAUAAGUAAAAAGACAUUUGAAAAAGAGUUUGCCCGCCAUUGCGGGUCGCUUGUACCUGGGUCUGGCAGCCAGUAUACAGCCUUUUUUUCUUAGGUUGUGACAUUUACCUUGUAUAUAACAUGACGUUCCUGGUAUUUGGAGAGGGUCACUGUUGUUUUCCCCUCGUGCGCCCCGCUGGCAGGCACGCCGGAGGGACGCGAGUCGCACGAGGAAGGGAAAGUAGAAGAUUAACAGUGAAGCGUUAAUUUUCCUAAUAGUAUAUUCCGAAAGGGAUGGUAUUCCUGUUGUGAUUUUUUCUUUUCGUUUGCCAGGCUCGGAAUCCGAGUCUUUGGAACCACGAUGUUGCGGUGUUGCAAUCCCCCCUCCCCUCCCCUCCCCUCCUUCGCCCUCCCCCCUUUCCUUGCCCCCCAUUCCUACCCCUUGCCGCACCCGGCGUCGUUCCUCAGAAGUUGCUCACUCCCUUUUGUCUUCUUCCGCGCUUUCGCUCCUCACCUUCCGUCUUUGGACCCCCUCCCCCCCCUCAUCCCCGACCUUUAUUACGUUCCUGAACCCGUGCAGUAAGUCAAGUCAGUCAGUCAGUCAGUCAGUCAGUCAGCCAGGGUCUCGGAUCGGAAAUAUAGCCGCGCUCAUCUCCAAAUAUCUUGUCCUUGGAAAAACGUUUUCUUCACCGUGCGAUGACUGGAGAAGGAGAAAUAUUGUAUUUCUUUAAUGCUUUAGCUUUAUAGAUAUAAAUAUAUAUACUUUGAUAUUUGUAUGAUGAUGAUGAUAAUAAAUAAUAGUAAAAAAAAAUGAUCCACCGAUUAUGUAGGUGGGUGACGUGUUGUGAUAUUUGUUAAAUGUUUUCACACAAGAAACGGACGGCGUGUUACGUCCGCAUAUCCCAGUAGGCGGUAUUGCCCGGAUGUGACGGACAGCUUUGCUAACAAUGUGAAUGUGUUUAUAUCUCGUAAGUGAGCGGUGGCGGGCGGUCGCUGGUCGCCUGUCUGAGGACGUCGCCCCCGCACUCCGCCGGACACGGGGCGCGGCGCGGGCGGAGGUCGUGACACCUUGCUCGCUCGCACUAUCUCUCGCUCUCUUUCUCUCUCUCUCUCUCUCUCUCUCUCUCUCUCUCUCUCUCUCUCUCUCUCUCUCUCUCUCUCUCUCUCUCUCUCUCCCCCUCCCUCCCUCCCUCCCUCCCUCCCUCCCUCCCUCCCUCCCUCUGCCUCCCUCCCUCUCUCCCUCUCUCCCUUCUUCCCUCUUUCUCCCUCUCUCUGAUUCUCUCUGCUUCUCCCUCGGCGUCCCCUCCCCCCGCACCCGGGCCCCGUGUCUGGCCGAAUGUACACCGAUACGCUCAAGUGGUGUCCCAGAAUAAGGUGUUCCUCAAGCACUGCCACUCGCAGUUUAGGCUCCUGCCGUUGCGUCGGAGAUUAUUUCUCUCUCUUUGCCUAUCUCUCUGUCUAUGUCUGUCUUUCUGUGUCUUUCUGUCUUCUUGGGUAUUCGUCUCUUUUCUCUCUCUUUAUGCCUGUCUAUUUAUAUAUGUCUAUCUAAUGAUCUGUCUAUCUUUCUCAUUACUUUUCUUGCUCUCAUUUCCCCUCAUCUCUCUCUCGCUCUUUUACUGUUUUUUUCACUCUUUAUUCUUUGUUGGUAUUUUCUCUUUAUUACUUCCUCUUUGAUUUCCCCAAUCUUUGUUUCCGUCUUCUUUAUCUUGAUUUAUCAAUUUUCCGAUUCUCUCUCUCUCUUUCUCUCUCUCUCUCUCUCUCUCUCUCUCUCUCUCUCUCUCUCUCUCUCUCUCUCUCUCUCUCUCUCUCUCUCUCUCUCUCUCUUCCCCCCUCUCCCCUUUUCCUUCUCCCUUCUCCCCUCUCCCUCCCCCUCUCCCUCUCCCUCUCCCUCUCCCUCUCCUUAUCUCCCCUUCUCUUCCUUUCUUCCUUCCUCUCCUUCUCUCCCUUUAUUCCUUCCCAUCAUCUUCUCAUCCUCAACACCCUCCCUUCUCCCUCUCUUCCUCUCUUCUUCCCUUUCUCCCUCUCACCUUCCCUCCCUCUCUCCCACUCCCCCUCCCUCUCUCCCUCUCUCCGUCUCUCCCUCUCUCGAGACCGCAGCCACACGGUCCACGGCUUGAUGUUGUCAAUGUUUAUGUCGUUAAAUCCCUCUUCCUCCUCCUCCUCCCCCUCCUCCUCCUCCUCCUCCUCCCUCCCUACCCCCUUUCCCUCACCCCCUCACCCCCCCAUGCCUCCUUUUUAGACAGCGUUGUCGUGCUUGCAGUCAACAAAGAGAGCGAGAGGCGAAAGGCAUCCAAACCAAAAAAAGAAAAAAAGAAUAAAAAAAAAGGAAGAUUCGCAAGCCACGGCAGUCCAUUGGGUCUGUCCCUCUUAUUUUACUAUUGUGAUACUGUAGGGGCGACUGUGCUAGUCUGAUGUCCUCUGUUAUUAUUAUUAUUACUAUUAUUUUCGUUAUUAUUGUUUAUCUUUUUCUCAUGGUCGUCAUCCUUAUCAUAUUUAUUUUACAAUGGAUGAUGAUUAUUAUUAUUAUUAACUAGCCUUUUUUUAUAUAAAUAUAUAUAUAUAUAAGAAAAUACGGUGGAAAAGUAGAAUAAUGAUAAUAAUAGUAUUUGCUAGUGUUGAGGCUGCAGUGUGUUGAGUGUUGUUGUUGACGUGGGUAACUCUUCAAGGAAAAGAGUGAAGAUUUAAGGGUGACCGAGUUGAAGAGAGAAGAAGGAGCCAGAGUGAAGAAGAAGAAGAAGAAGGAGAAACCGGGAAGAAAUUAAGAGGGAAGUGAAACAAAAGAAAUAAGAUAUAAGAAGGGUUACCCAGAUACGUCGGGAGGAAAAAGAAUAAGAAAAAAGGUGAACGUAACCCUCUUAAAGACAUCGACAUUGAGAUUUUAAUAUAUAUAUAUAUAUAUAUAUAUAUAUAUAUAUAUAUAUAUAUAUAUAUAUAUAUAUAUAUAUAUAUAUAUAUAUAUAUAUAUAAAGAAGACGCAAAGCCAAAGGGGUUGUUGAAAACUCCUACUUCCUUCCGCUAAGAGAGAAGAAAACAACAAAAAAUAGAAAUGAAUCCCAUAGAGAGUAAAAAUAGAUAAAUAAUGGAAAAGCAAAGAAGAUAGAAGAAGAAGAGGAAGCAAAGAGAGAGAGGAUGAAGACCGCCAAAGGAUAAACCUCUCAACACUCCAUAGGAUUUACAUCUUCGCUCAUCCCACGGCUUUCUCAUGCUGGGUGCCUUACACUUGUCCCCGAUUAGACAUUCAGUGUGUUGUUCCUUGAACCGUUCUUGCCAACUCGCCUCCUGUUUCUAACCAAGCUUGAGGAUAAAUGAUGCAGAUCCAUUGCGCGAUUGAGACUUUCUUCAGUGUGGAAAGACAUGUGGAAAAAAAUAUAUGAUUGUGAAUAUAUAUAUAUAUAUAGAUGUACAUGUAUAACAGCCGCUGGUUUAAUGCAUGUGUUGAUUUUUUUUGUGACGGCAGACUGUGAACUGUAAACCAGCUAUUUAAAGAAAAAAAAAAAAACUGCGACGGAAGUCACUGCAUCAACAACAACCGCGCGCGCGAGUGUUAAUGUACUUUUGUGACUGUUUGAAUCCCAAGUUUUAAAAAGAAAAAAAUGACAAAAAAGAAAAAGAUUUACCGGAGGUCACCGCUUGAAGAGCCACGAGUGUGAUGGAAUUAACAUAUAGGAACUAGCAUGAAUGUUUUCUUCUGCUCACAAGAAUAUGUUGUCCUGUAUUUUCAAGAGACUAUAAGAGAAAAAAAAGCCUUAGCUUAGCUAGAUAUUAAAAAAAAGGAAAAAAAUAAGAAAAAAAAAAGAAGAAAAUUUUUGAGAUGUAUAAAUUGGGCUUGUAAAUAUGGUAAUUAAGGCAUAAUAUUCUUUACAAUCUUCUGCUUGCUGCACGGUAUGUCCUCACGUGCCUAUUCUGUCCCGUUACAUUCAGAGUAAACAAAAAAAAAAAUAUCCUUUCCUUAGUGUCUAUCGAGAGAGAAAAAAAAAUGUAUUUCUUUGGUUUCGACUUUUCCUCAGACUCUUACAGCACGCCAUAUCCUCGUUGUUUUCCUCUCCUUUCGUUUGUAAUUAUUCGUUUGUCGAGGAAUUGUUGAUAUUAUGUUUUUUGAGAAAAUAAAAACAAAAACAAAACGACAGUUGUACCUAUUUUGAGAUGAUUUGUAAGAUGAAGUUUUCUGUGGUAUCAAAGGAAGUUAUAUUGUCUAUUUUUGGCACAUACUUAAUGAACACAGAAUCAAAAUCAAACCGUAGGAGUAAAUGAUAAUAAUAAAAAAAAGUGAUUUGUAUUCUUACAUACAGGUGAACUAGAGUAACUAUCCUGACCAUGUAUAAUGUAUUCUGUAUAUGUAGCGAAGGGCAGCCACGUUAGCGGGGAAUCGGCGGCCAAAGACAUCGAAGUCACGGCGUAGAAUGUAGAAUACACUAGAUUGUUUUUCGUUAGAAUUGUACAGUAAGUGAGUCUAUAUCAGCUGUGACGGAGCCGACAAGUCAUUGAGUUUUUUCCUUGUGUGUGUUUUUUUUUAAUGUUUUGUAUUUUUUUUCCUUUUUCUUGUUGGUGGUAAAUUCAGUGCAAGAAGAUAUAUAUGUAAUUGAUUAGAGAGAUGAAUUAAUGAUCAUCUGCAGGUCACAUAUGGUCUACAGUUUGGCCACAAGAGAGACCGAGUUUUUAUUAUUAUUCAUAGAUUUUUUUUUUUUUUCAUGUUCCUAAAUUUAAGACAAGGACAAAAUCAAGAGAAAAGGCUUGUCGACGCGUUGGUGACGUCACGCCAGUCUUAUCUCAUCAUUCCACGCCGCUCGAAUCCCCACAUGUGGUUGCCAGAUGUACAGGGAUGAUUUAUUUUGGUCCCGCUGUCAGUCCUGGAAUAUAAUAAAAAAAUGUAUAAAAAAAAAUCAUAAAAAAAAAAAAUCCAGACACGCUGCCCACGUACCAAUAUACCCUGCCCUCACCUGCCCCCUACCCCCCAACCCCUCCCUCUACACCUGCAAAGAGUCCAACAGCAGGUUAAUAUUAUUAUUAUUAUUUUUAUUUUUUUGUUUAUUCUUCCCUGGUAAAUGAGGGAAGAGAAAGUCGCUAGGAAUAUUCCUUUUUACGAAUUCCGUUGAUUUUAUCCAGACUUUUUUUUUUUGUCAUUCAUGAUUCGAUAGAAAGUAUUUUAGGACCCCCCACCCCCCCUAAAUCCCCCAUUACCACCAAAAAUAGAUAAAAAAUAAAUAAAAAGAAAGGGUCCAUAGCCAAAAAAAUAAAAUAAAAAGACAAAGAAAAGAUUUUGAUAAUGUCCCUUUUUUUUGGCAACUUGAUUUAGAAGCUUGUAUAUAUUACUCAAGACGAGCAGUAGCCCCGGGGCACGUGAGGAAAGGGCCUCUUCAUUGUAAUCACAAAAAAGUCUAUAAUGAUUAUGAGAAUUGGGUUAAAUACACAAAGUUACAGCUUU